AUGUGCUUUCUAACAACUUUGACAUCAUGUGACACCUUGGAGCGCCCAAUGGAGACGACUACAAUACUCACCACCGCAAACAGCCAGUUCAAGAGAAUCGACAACACGACUCUCCUGAUCCCGUCCGCACCUCUCCACCAUCACAUCAACAACGCAGUGCUGGGCAUUUUCCUCGGGAUGUUGUCUCUCCUCACUGUCAUCAUGAACCUGCUGGUGUUAUUCGCCGUCAGAAAGGAGCGUACGCUGCAUACCGUCGGGAAUUUGUACAUCGUCAGCCUCUCAAUAGCGGACCUCAUUGUUGGCGCGACCGUGAUGCCGCUGAAUUUGGUGUACCUUUUGGAGGACCAGUGGAAACUGGGGCACGUUGUCUGCCAGUUUUGGUUGGUUAUGGACUAUGUGGCGAGCACGGCUUCAAUAUUUAGCUUGUUCAUUCUUUGCUUGGAUAGAUAUCGCUCUGUUCGACAUCCGUUACAGUAUCUGAAAUAUCGCACACGAGGACGAGCGACACUGUUGAUAUGCAGUGCAUGGCUCCUGUCUAUGACUUGGACUAUUCCUAUUUUGGGAUGGCGAAUGUUUGCUAGCGUCGAUAAGAAGACGGAGUUGGAAAACCAAUGCGAUACUGAUUUCCGCUUUGUGACGUGGUUUAAAGUGCUAACCGCUAUACUCAACUUCUACAUCCCUUCAUUCCUAAUGCUCGUGUUUUACUCGCAGAUCUUCAUCGCAGUGAGAGAUCAUUACAGAGAGUGGGAGAACUAUGCAGGUCCUGCGUUAAAAACAGAAGCAACGGAUACGCUAACUAAUGGAUUGCAGCUACAAAUAACGAAGGCCUCCUCCGAGAAGGAGAGUUUGGGGUUAAACGCCUAUUCUCAAAACGAAGGAUUGCUGGAUCAAUACAGUCUGGAGCAGCCUUACAACUCACGAGAAAACACCGAAGACGUUACAUCUGAGCCAAAGAGGAAGAUGUGUUAUAAGAAAAAGGCCAUUUUUAAUCUUUCCAAACGCAUGAGGAAAAGCGCACAAGACUCUGAGAUUUCCUUUCAAAGCGAUGACGGGGAAACGGUCGCAGAAGGGCGGCCAUCUUUAUCACUGGCAUUUCUGCAGUCGGAGAAUACCGCGCAACCCCAAACGUUUAUAAACGUUAGCGACUGUAAUGUGUUGGUGCCCAAUUCUGUGGGGAACAUUUGCGAGAGCGCGCCGACUGUAGAUAUUCAUAAUUACACCGCAGUUCUGUGUACGCCACCGUCCCCGCCGUCUCCGUGGGCCGAAAACAGCCCUCCGCUGGACGCCUCCAAUGCAUUGCCUGCGAAACAAUCAUGGCAGAAACUUUGCGAACAGUCCAAGCAGAGCAUUCACAGCAUGCGCAUCCGCAAGGAGAGGAAAGCGGCGCGGCAGCUGGGGUUUAUCAUCGGCGUCUUCAUGGUUUGCUGGAUCCCGUAUUUCAUCACGUUCAUGGUCAUGGCUCUGUGCGAAACCUGCGUCCAUCACGAGCUCCACAUGUUCACCAUCUGGCUGGGUUACAUCAACUCCACGCUCAAUCCCUUCAUUUACCCGCUGUGCAAUGAAAACUUCAAAAGAGUGUUCAAGAAGAUCUUUCAUAUGAGUAGAUAG